UCAAAAUGAGCCACUCGAGGUUUAAACUUGGCUAAGCAUCCUGUAACCCUCAACAACUUUUUAGAAAAGUUUUUAAUUUUACAGAAAAGCCUUGAAGGUGAAGUUCACAUUGAAGAGCUGUGUUUAGUUCAAGGAAGUAACAGCUGAAAUGACCCCUUUGAUGUUUAAAGACGCUUUCUGGGGGUCUGAUUUCACCUGUCAUGCCGGGUAUGAUGCUGUGAUCCAGCGGCUACGAGAUGGGAGGCAAAUGUGCAAAGAUGUGGAGGAGCUGUUAAAGAUGAGGGCACUAGCUGAGGAGAAAUAUGGAAAGGAACUGGUGACCAUUGCUCGCAAAGCUGGAGGACACGUAGAAAUCAGCACACUGAAAGCAUCCUUCGAACAACUGAAAACUCAAAUCGAGAACGUUGGUAACUUUCACAUCCAACUAUCUGAUACACUGAAAGAGGAGGUGAAAAAGAUUGAGACAUUCAGAGAACGUCAGAAGGAACAGAGGAAGAAGUUUGAAAGCAUCAUGGAGAAGGUUCAAAAGAAAAAGGUUUCAUUGUUCAAGAAGACCAUGGAGUCUAAGAAGAACUAUGAGGCGAGAUGCAAGGAGGCUGAUGAGGUAGAAGAUGGAUCUGAGAAAGCAAAUGUUACACCCAAAAGCUCUGAAAAGGUACGUCACAGGAUCAAGCAAUGCAGACAGGCUGCCGGUGAAGCAGAGAAGCUGUACUUAAACAACACUGUUCAACUAGAAGCUGUUCGCCAGGACUGGGAAGAAACACACAGAAGCACUUGUGAGGUGUUCCAGCAAAUGGAGGGAGAUCGUAUCAGCAUGCUGAGGUGUGCUCUCUGGGACCAUUGCAAUCAUUUCUCCAUGCAGUGUGUUAAAGACGAUGAGUUGUACGAGGAGGUGAGGAAGCUUCUGGAGCAGUGUGACAUUACCACAGACAACAACUGUUUCAUAGGGAUGAAAAACACAGGACUGAGGCCACCAGAUCCAAUAGUGUUUGAAAGCUACUACCAGGCGGGGACAGUCAGGAACAGAAAUGGUCAAGUUCAUUUUGCAGGAAGAGAAGGCAUAACAAGGAGAUGCUCUGACCCCCUACUUGGAAGCUCUUUGAGUUUCACUGUUGACAGCACUCAGAACUCACAACCAGCACUGGCAUCUAUUGGAGAGUUCGAGACUUCAGAUGACGGGUAUGCACCUCUACCAGGCCUCCAGCAAGAAGCACCACUGCUCACACUUCCAACAAAUGACAACUGCUACAUUGUGGUUUAUGACUACACUGCACAGGAAGAGGAUGAACUAACUGUGAGCAGAGGAGACGUGGUCCAAAUGUUGGAACAAGGAGAGGAUGGCUGGUGGACAGUGAACAGGGGUGGGAUGACUGGACUGGUGCCAGGAAACUAUCUGGGCAAACUUUGAACAUGCAAGCAGACACACACACCCACAUACAGUCAUGUUUCUAUCACUUAACAGCACAUUAAUCUACAUUUAUAAAUUCAUUGAAGACCUGCUGUAACCACAAGUAUAAUUCAUACUUGCCUAACCCUAAUCAUAAACCAAGCUGUAUCAUAAAAUUCAAAGUGUGAACAGAUUUGUGUCCAUAUGACAUGAGUACUGCCUAAGCCAGCUGGGAUAGGCUCCAGCCCCCACAUGACCCUACAGAGGAUUAAGUGAUGUAUAGAUAAUGGAUGGAUGGAUAACAUCAACAAUAAUAAGUCCACACACACAAACACAGAUAUAAGACAAUAGAGACACAUACACCCACGAAAAUAACAACACACACUUCAUAUGCUUAAAACAGACAAGUACUGCGUCAUAUGUAAAUGAACAUACAUAAUCAUAAUGCCACAACACAGUCUACAGAUGCACACAUCUCUGCCUGGCUUCUCAGCUGAGAGCUCUAUACAUUCCUGAUGUUUGAAGUUGACCCUGAAUUAACAAUCUAGCUUCAUUUACUUCACAGUAGAUCAUUUGGACAAUUUGCAAAAUUUAAGAUAUGCCUUCAUUCUUAACAGCUUUUAAGCCUAUGUACACCUAUUUGCUCCCUGGUAUUAUUAUUUAUUCACUGUGAUUUAGCCAUGAACAGAUAUUGUGAGAUUAGGUGUUUAAGAUGGAAAUAAAGCAGCUACUGCCUGCUCUGUUUGCUGUUGCCUUGGA